UCGCCUACUUCAGAGGCUCGGGUGGCGGCGGCGGGGUGCGGAGCUCUUCGCGCAGCUCCCGCGGCUCCAGCGGCUCGGGUGGCCCCGGCUGCGGCCGGGAUGGGCGGGCGGCCGCGCCGGGUGCGCGGGGGGCGCACGACGUGACUCGCCUGGACUUGGAGCCCCGCCCGCCCGCCCGGCCGCGCGGGGUGGAGGGUCUGCUCGGUGGGCGCGGACGCGGGGUCGGCGGCCAAGCCGGAGCAUGCGGGGCGCGGCGCGGGCGGCCAGGGGGCGCGCGGGGCAGCUGUGGCCGCGGCCCCCCGCCCCGGGCCCCGGCCCGCCGCCGCCGCCGCCGCUGCUGCUGCUGCUGCUGGCCGCGCUGCUGGGCGGCGCGGGCGCGCAAUACUCGAGCGACCUGUGCAGCUGGAAGGGGAGCGGGCUGACGCACGAGGCCCACAGGAAGGAGGUGGAGCAGGUGUAUCUGCGCUGCUCUGCGGGCUCCGUGGAGUGGAUGUACCCGACUGGGGCUCUCAUCGUCAACGUUCGGCCCAACACCUUCCCGCCCUCUCGACACCUGACUCUGUGCAUCAAGCCCCUCAGGGACUCCUCAGGGGCCAAUAUUUAUUUGGAAAGAACUGGAGAACUGAAGCUGCUGGUACGGGACGGGGACCGUGGGCCUGGCCAGGUGCGCUGCUUUGGCUUCGAGCACGGUGGCCUUUUCGUGGAGGCUGCGCCCCAGCAGGACAUCAGCAGGAGGACCACGGGCUUCCAGUACGAGCUGACCAGCCGGCACGCGGGGUCGGACCUCCAUGCUCUGUCAGCCCCAUGCUGCCCUUGCAGUGACGCAGAAGUGCUGUUGGCGGUCUGCACCAGCGACUUUGUCGUCCGAGGCUCCAUCCAGAACGUCACCCACGCACCAGAGCAACAGGAGUCCACCAUCCACCUGCACGUGAGCCGGCUCUACCGGCAGAAGAGCAGGGUCUUCCGGCCCGCCCCAGAGGGCGGUGGCUGGCGGGGGCGAGUUGCCACGCUGCUGGAGUGUGGUGUGAGGCCUGGGCGUGGUGAGUUUCUCUUCACCGGCCACAUGCACUUUGGGGAGGCCCGCCUCGGCUGUGCCCCGCGCUUCAAGGACUUCCAAAGGAUGUACAGGGAUGCCAAGGAGAGGGGCCUGAACCCCUGCGAGAUGGGUACAGAGUGACUGUGGGCGAGUCCACCGCUGCCACAGUGGGUGCUCGGAUCGGGGGCUCCCUGGUGCUCAAGCCAUGGAGGCACACGCCGCAAGGUCCUGGCCAAGGACUCCCUGACUGAUGGGAAAUGUUGUAAAAUGCAAACUAAGUUAUUAUAUUUUUUUUUUUAAAGAAAAGUCCAUAGGAAGCAAACUCCAGUGUCUUAAAAUGCCUUGUGUGCCAUUUCAUACUGUUUUUCAAAAGCACCUAACGUCCUUGCGCUCGGCUGGUGUGUUGGGUGACAUCUUGGGGCCGUAGCCCCCAGAGGACGCCCAGCACCAGGCUUUGUACGAAGCUUGGGUACCAUUCAGAGUUGUUUCUUAGGAUGGGAACUUAUGGAGCCAAAUACUUAUUUUUUGUUUUGUUUUUGCUUUUCAAAGAAUGUGCUUUGCUGGCCGUGGUCAUUUUUGGGCUGCAGGCUGUUUCUAUUCCAGAGAAUAAAGGCCAUGGUCUGAU